CCGCCGCUGCACCGCGAGUUGUCAGUCGGGCCGGAGCAAAUUGGCGAGGUGCAUGUGGAGUGCGCGAAACCAUGGCCGGGCUGAGUUACAAGGACUGGAACUCGCGGAUGGACCUGUUCGCCGACCGCCAGGACGUCCUCGACGACGACGACGAUGAAGAGGAGGAGGAGGAAGAGGAAGAGAGCGACGACAGCGAGAACGAGUGGACACCGUCCUACGGCUUUCCCUACGGAACCGAGGAGAAUUUGUUUUUGGCGUCGACGGCCGCGUUAUCAGACACAGAUGUCGCGGACGAGCCCAGCAGUGCCGGCGCCAACACCACCUCGACGUUUGCGGUGCUCGAGACGAUUUUUGAGGAAAAUUCGGACGAUCUACAAAGUACCGACUCGGAAGUGGACUGCUCGUACAAGUCAGACGACUCUUCGGAUGAUGACUUUGAAUCGGUCAUUCACGUCAGCCCUGGUGAAUCAAGCGACAGCGGUUCAGAGUCCGAGCGCGACGUGGCCGUGCCAAAAAAGCGCCGCAAACGCGAGGCGCCGCCCGUGCCCCCGCGGGGUCGCGUCGCGACCCCCGAGCCACUUCUCCUCCUGCAGGAGCCACAGCAGUCCUUGUCCCGCUCCAGCAGCCUGCUGCAGUUCGAGUGUCUCGAACAGGCGCUGUCCCAGGAAGAACUGGACGAGGAGGGAGAGGAGGAGGAGGUGGUUUUCCGAACCAGCGCCACCGACAAACCCUUUUCGUCCUGCACGACGGAGUCGCAACCACCCUCCUUCUCCAGCUUCAGCUUCGACUCGCUGGACACGACCGGCAGCAGUCGCGGUCGAUCGCUCAAAGACAGUCUGGAGGACGAAUCUAGCACCCCCUGCAGCUCCUCCUCAGACGACGAGUCUUACUUUUUGGACCGACACCACAAAGGGACGAGUCUCGGACGCUCGCGAAUGCGGUCUUAUCGCAGUUUCGACAGUCUGGUGCACGUGGUGCGUCCGCUGAGUUGCGCCACCAGUCUGCAGGAGAGUUCGGUGGUGGUUCUGCUCGAAGAGGAGGAGGAGGAGGAACGCAAGCCCGCGAAGAAGUCGAGCGAGAACCUGAGCGAGGACAGUGGCUUCGGCGACGUGAGCGUGCGCAAGCAACACGAGCAGCCCAUCGCCGAGGAGGACGAAGAGAAAGUCGCGGCGGACGAUAAACUUAUUAUUCUUUUGCCAGAUGCGGCGGCGGUCGCAUCUCCUCCGACGGCACAUCCGGUCGUCGCAGUAGUCGAAGUCAAAGCAGAAGCAGAAGUUGUAGCAGGGGAGGCGGUGGCGGAGUUAAAUUUAGAGGAAUUCGAGGAGGGGCAAGAGGCUGCCGGCGGACACACCCAUGACACUAGCGGUAGUGGUAGUACCACGAGUAGCAGUGCAGAGUCAACACCGCUGACCCUCGUCCAGUUCAACAGCGACCUGAGCAUCGACCAGGAACAGGUGCAGGAGGAAAGCAGGUGCCAGUUUUACUGCAGCGCCCCCAACCUGCUGUCCGAGACCAAAAUGUCCACCGUCCCGGUCCCGGCGUGGGAAAUCCACCCUCCGAAGGAAAUCACCGAAGAGGUGAUGUUCAAAGAGGAGACGUCGCCCAAGCCGGCCAAGAGCGGCAACAAGUUCGGAAACUUUUUCCAGCGAUUCUCUUUCCGCAAAAGCAAAGGCAAGGGGAGCAAGCAGUCGUCGCAGGAGGACAUCGCGACCGUCGAGGCCAUCCACUCGGUGGAGGCGGCCGCGGCCGAGCUGUCCAACUUGGGCGAGUACACGUGCAAGAAGGAGCGGCCGCCGCUGCCGCCGGUCGGCCCGCCAAAGUCGCGGCUGCUGGGCAUCGUGGGUCGGCGCGGCGCGAAGCCCGAGACACUAGCAACCCCGAGCGAGUUGGCGGCGAAGCAGAAAAUCGAUAUCGCGGCUGGCAGUAAUGGAGGCAGCCAGCAAGAAAUACCACCCCGUGCAGCAGCAGCAGCAGCGGCCAACAAGAAGGCGUCCAGCCUGGUGAACAUCACCGCCAUGAACAUUGUGGACAUUGACAUCAGUGAGCCCGCGCCGCAGGGCCACCAUCUGUCACUGUCGGUCGCGCGGCCGCCGGCCGCCGCGGCCACCGACCCCAGGGCCAAAUCCAUGGAGUUCCUGCUCGACGACGAAAACAAGGCAGCAGUCCAACCGCCUGAAAAUGAACUGCGCAAGGUGAGCGAGCGCAAGUUGUCCGAGCACGAGCUGCGGGUGCAGCGGUCGCUGCAGCGGCUGGACGUGCCCGAGUGGUACAAAAACAGUCCGGCGGCGCCGACGGGCUCGUUCCUGCUGAACCGCCGGUGCUCGGCCGGCACCAGCAACAACUCUAAAUGGCCCGGCCUCAACUCGAAGACGACGUCGCUGUCGUCGCUGCAGCAGAGCCCCCACCUGCGCACCCGGCACCAAACGCCCUCCGCCUCCAGCCCCAGCCCCGUCGUCUCCCCCAGCCCCCAGGAGCGCCUCUCCUUCAACUACGCACCCUUCUCGCGGUGGAGCACCUCCAGGCUCAACUCGGCCAGCACCUCGCCCUCCGGAUCCACCAGGUCCAGCUUCCACUACAGACAGCCUUACCUCGGCUGGCGCUCACAGGAAAAGUUGCUGGCCAACACGCCUACGCACUACCGGACGCCGGCCGAACGGUUGGCGGCGACGACGUCAACAAGCAAGCCCCCGCUGCCGCCCCCGGCGCUGAGCGUGAUGCCCCCCGGGGGCGUGUCUCCGAACAACAACGCCGAGGUCAGGUCUUCCAUCAAAGAGGUGACCAGCGCCAUCGUGCACUAUGUCAACGAGAAGAACCUUUCGCCGGCGCGGCCCGGCAGGUCGCCGUCACCGCGCGGCAGCAAAACGCGGCUCUGGGUCGAGUCGUCGUUCGUCGGCAGCAGACCCAUCGACCAGCCCGAGACGCCCAGCAUGCCCGACGACAACCCGAGCUGCGCCGCCUCGCAACCUGAGCGUAUGCAGACCGGCGGCGUCAUCAUCAACCAUGCCAACGGCAGGCUCAGCAAUGACGAGGAGGACGAGGCGAAAGUGGUCAUCAGCACCCCUUCCGAGGUGACGCACCUUCCGGCGGCCCCGUGCAGCAAGAGCAAGUACCAGCAGUACAUCAACAUCAACUUCAACAUCGAGCCGACGGGGUGCGAGGACAACGCGUCCGACGUGUCCGACGUCGAGCUGGAGCCGCUGCUGGGGCCGCCGGGCAAGCCCAAGCUGCAGGACGAGCUGAAGGAGCUGCUGGAAAACUUCGGCAACUCGCGCGCCAGCCCGCCCUCGGCCACCAUCGAGGACGUGCUCGACUCGCUGCUCGGCCUGCCCACCACCUCGCGCUCGCCCUCGCCCGUCGUUUCGCCGGGCAACUCGAUGACCCUGCUCAACAGCGCCGGCAGACACCGCGACCAGAGCGACGCUGCCGCCGCCGACCAAGGGUCAGCUAAUGAGGCAGGUGGAUUCGCAGCCCCCGGAGGCGGCACCAUUCGGCGCCACUCGAGCGGCGCCAUCCACCGUGGCGGAGGCGCCGCCCGAGGCACCGCCAACCUGGAGAAGACGCGAAGGGUCAGCUUCGAACUGGACCCCGUGACCCUGACGACACCACGAGAGGUGUCGCUUGACAGCAGCGCGCCGACGUCCGACGGCGACAACGUCGUCCGGUGUCGGUACUCCAAGUGCGGCAAGGCGGCCAGUCUGGCCGAGGCGCGGCGCUCCUUCAAGACGUGCCACAACUGCAACGCGCAGGUCUACUGCUCGCGCGAGUGUCGACGCGCACACUGGGAAAAAGGUCACCGCAAGACCUGUCUGCACGGCCGCAUCGGUGCCCUUUGCCGCAGGGUGGCCAACGCCUGCAAGGAGCACCAACCUUCCUUGGAAGUGCUGUCGAAGCUGGCCCGGCGCGGCUACCUGGCGCACGGCAGGGGCUGCGUCAAGGUCUUCUUCUCCAGCCCUGAGUUGGCUGAAAGGUUUGCAGCGGCCGUGGCCGCCGGCUCGGCGGCCACCGAGCCUCUGCUGCCCGGCGACCCGUGCUACGUGCGAUGGUCAGACCUUCUGCCCACGGAAAUGGGCAACGAGCAGUACAAGGAGUUGCUGCGUCUGUGCAAGGGUUACAACCCUGACACGCGUCUCGUCGUCUACGUGGCGACCUGCGUGGUAAGCGAGGUGCCCAGUUCCGGGGCAGUCAAGUGGGAGCGGCAGAUCAUCACACGGUGCGCAAAGGUGCGUCUGCACAGAAACCACACCGCGCACGCGCAGCAACUCCAGCAGCUACACUGCCCCUCCUCACCUCCACACGUGGCGCCUGCGCAGGAGGCCAUUACGCGCGACCUGGACAACCCUGAAACGCUGAUCCUGACGCCGAUGUCACUGUCAAGGGAGGAGGCGUCGCAGAGGCGCGAACUGGUCGCCGCCAACAUUCAGCGCCAACUGAAGCAGCGUGGCGUGUCCCUGAGAAAACAGUUCCCUGAGAUAUAUCGAAAGUUGGGCGCCUACGUGGAGAGCAGCGAACCCUUCACCCCUGUCACCAUUUACCCCAAGGACUCUGCCAGCGGACGCACAUUCAUGUGCAUCAUCAUGCCGGUGGCCGACCCGGCCAGGCUUCAGGACGUGCCAACCGACUCGAGCCGUGUACGGACUGUUGACGUCGGUGCCAUCGCCAGCGAGUGAGAGUGCAUUUUUGACUGACAUUCAAUGGAGCCUCGUUUUUUGCAUUUUCAUCCCCUUAUUAAGAGGAACUCUCUCGUCAAAACGCUUACCAACCCCUCUCAUGAUAAGGAUUAGAGAUGUUCAAAUGAAAGAAGUUGUUCUAAAUAUAGGAUUUUUCCAAUUUAAAAGUUUUUUAAUUCGGUCUGUUUGAAAUGUUUCAGAUUAACUAUAGUUAUUCCCAAAUGGUUAUCAUAUUAUUUUUUUUAUUACAAAAAAACUUUGUUUAAAUUAUGGGGAAGCAUUUAAAUUUUCCUAUUGUCAAAUCACUCUUUUUUUAUUCACGGUUUCCACAAAUUAAUAAAGCUGAUUAAGAACAGCAAUAAAUAUUUAACCUUAAGAUAUGUGUUUUAAGAACUACAGUCAACUUACUUUUACCUUUUACUUUUAAAAAUUCUGUAAAAGUUUUGACUGGCCAAAUUUAAAAAUAUUUUAAAAUCGAAAGCUAGGCAGCGUAUUUCAAUUGAACAUUUCUAAUAACAAUAAAGAAUUACUCUGUUCAACUCAACCCUACUAUAGACAGGUGCUGAAUUAAUAAAAUACUCAAAAAAAAAUUAUGACAAGAAAAAAUGAUGGAUUACUGUAAACGUGACACUAUCAUAUAUGCAAAGGGGUUAUAAAAUAUAUUAAUGCCAAUCAAAUAAAACAAAAAACCUCUCUUCAGAAAACAAACCCGUCGUUCUUCUCUCAUGUCUGCGCUUAUUAUUCUCGGUCACUUUUAUAGAGGAAGAACUAAAUACUAUUAAAUAAGUUAUUUAGGAGCAAUUGUUGUUGUUACACUCGCAGUUGUUGGUACGUUGUUCAAAAGAGGUUGAUUUUGUGCAAUAAGCAGAGAGUUGUUGAUUGUGCGUCUCAUAUAUAUUUUUAUUUUAGCGAGAUGAACUAGAGCAAAAUUGCGUUGAGCGGUCGUCAACUUCACACCACUUUUCGAUAAUAUGUCAUGUUCUUCUUCGACUUUUUCAAAUAGCAGCUCAGAAACUCUAAAGAAGCGUUACUUUGGUUUGUUUGAAGAGGCCUAUGUGAUAAAAACUACUACUUAUACCGAUCGAUUCUUUAUGCAAGUCGCGGUUUUUCGAACGCAAUAUAUAUUAUUCAUUCUCAGCCUUUAAUAAAAAAGUGUCACACUUCAACUUCAAUAGAAGAUUUCUCCUCGCCUUCCUUGUACUUGCUGUAACAGUUAAAAAAUGCUGUUCCCGCUGGUCAAACGAUGAGAUACCCUUAUGCUGUAUAUGAAUUAAAAAUAAUACCAAUUAAAGAAUCCCAAAACUGUUAUGGAGAACCAAAAAUGAUGUAUUGAUACUGAGAUUCGUUAUAUACAGAGAGAUUACAAGUAAAAAAGGUGUUGUAUGAAUAUAAGAUGUAAACACGCAGAGAUUUGCAUGAAUUUUUGAGUGAGUAAAAUGUGUUUUUAAUGAGCGGUGCAGAGUUUAGUUGACGCAAAAAGAGGUUAAUUAUAUAUUAUAAUGUUUGUUAAUUUCAUAAUUUUACGAGAUAUAUUAUGAAAUAAAAAAAGAACAAACCUCCUCCUUUA